GUCAUUUCUGUCAUUUCAUUCAGUGCCGAGAAAUUUUCGUCUUUUCUUUUUCUUUUGCGUAGCCCUGUGGCCAGAAUAUUAAGAAAUCAUGGCUGAUAACCAGUCUAGCGAUUACAAUACUUGCGUAGUGUGUUUCAAGAACGUCUUAUAUUUCUCGAUUGGAGAAUGUGAUCAUCCCGUAUGCUUUGAAUGUUCUACCCGAAUGAGAGUACUUUGCCUCCAAAAUGAAUGCCCAAUAUGUCGCCAAGACCUUAACAGGGUUGUUUUUACUGAUUCUAUUCAGCCUUAUAAAGAACUACGUAAUAAAGUGUUCACGGAUCGAUUGUUUGAGAGACAGUUCAAAAUAGGGUUUUGUAGUCAAGAUAUAAAGAAUGCCUAUGACAAAUUACUGGAAAAUCGCUGUAAACUAUGCGAUAACAUACCACCAUUCCGGACAUUCAGUAUGUUAAAUGACCACAUGAGAAAAGUUCACGAAAGAUAUUUCUGUGAUCUUUGUGUUAAGCAUUUGAAGAUAUUUACUGGUGAAAGAAAAUGUUACACACGCCAAGAGCUAGCUCAUCAUAGACGCAAAGGCGAUUUAGAUGACACAUCUCAUAGGGGCCAUCCUUUAUGUGAAUUCUGUGAAGAACGCUUUAUGGAUGCCGAUGAACUCUACCGACAUCUUAGGAAGGAACAUCUAUAUUGUCACCUGUGUGAUGCGGAUGGUCGUAAUUUGUAUUACGCGUCGCACUCUGCGCUUGCGCAACAUUUUCGGACAGAUCAUUACCUCUGCGAGGAAGGUGAAUGUGCAGGACAGCACCUUACUGCUGUAUUCAGGAGUGAGAUUGAUCUUAAAGCCCAUAAGGCGACAGUGCACGGUCGAGGCAUGAACCGGGGAGCUGCUCGUCAAGCACGUACACUGGAAUUGCAGUUUAAUAUCACACCUCAUCCUGUUGCUCAGAGAACUCCGAGGGACCGUGAACGUGAGCGUACCGAAGCCCCGAGCCCGCCCCCAGUAGUGGCCACACCGAACAUUGAUACGCGAAGCGACGAACAGUUCCCGCGUCUAUCUUCCACACCCGCUGCCCCGAAUCUUGUGCUCACUGCGCCCUCUCGCGCUUACAAAGGUUCUGGUGGUUUAGCGCGCAACGAUAAGAACUUUCCGGCUCUCGACGGUUCGGGACCAUCUCGACCGCCGCCGCAACGCGUCCCGCCGCCACAGACCGUGGCCGCCACACUACUGAGAAACUCGAAACCUAGCGUUUCUAUACAACUGCACAGUCAGCCGGCAAGCGCUAGCAACUUUCGUCUGACGCACACUAGCGGUAAUCGUAUAUCGAUACCGGCGGCGCGACGCCCACUAUCCGACGAUGACUUCCCAUCACUAGGACUCGCGAAAGACGACCAUCCCAGUAUCGGUGCAGGCUCUCUGCAGCCGCCUAAGGUAGCGUCAAUUAACAGCCAAGAAAUGAAUGCGCUCAGUCGAUCUCAACAAAAUUCCUCACAUUCACAACCUAAGAAAGUUCCACUUAGCUCUGAAGCGUUUCCAGCUCUAUCGUCCACGUCCACACCUGCCGCUCCACCACAAUGGAUCACUGUAUCAAAGUCAAAAGAGAAACCUAAACCUUCAAAACAGGAACCACCUCCACAACCAAGAGAACCAGCCUUCAAUCCUGUCGCAGACUUCCCUACUCUGCCCGCUAAUACAAAAGCGAAACCCAAGAAAACCCAACCCCAACCAACUCCAACCCCUGUUCAGAACGAAAACGCAAAGCCUAGUAAAAAGGAGAAGAAGAAGAAUAACGCCAAAAAGGAGAAUAUCUCUGAGGUGCCUUACGUGAACGGCGUGAUCGAUAAGAAAAUCGCUAAAGAGCUUUCGUAUGGUGCCAGCGUUAUAAAUAAUCAAACAACCGAUAGUAAAAAAAUUAAGACUGCGGAAACUUCGUCCAAUCUCACUGUUAAUAUUGAGAAAAACAAAAACGGUGGCAAUGGCGACUUCAAAAUGACCGCGAAAGAUUAUCCUCCUUUGAAUCCGAAGAGCGAUAACACAGUUCUUUAUGUACCUAAAGAAAAGCAGAUGAACGGAAGCAUCCCGCCUGGGUUUAAAGCGCGGCCUACAUGUGAUGGAAUGACAUUUACUAAUUCAUCCGGGCAGACGUUCUCAGCUCCGGUACAUACGUACAUACCUCCUCCGGAUUUCGAGCAAAGAAAUAGAGAUUUGGUUAAGAAAUUCACUGUGGCACUAGGUGGCGCCGCUGCAGUCGAAGAUUUCAAAGUAGCGUCUCGCGCAUUCAGAGACAGCAUAAUUGGUGCAGACGAGUUCUAUCAACAUUGUCGCAACGCUGUCGGGAGUCAAUUUGAUACUUUGUUCCCUGAAAUGGUCGCUUUAUUGCCGGAUAUAGCAAAGCAGCAGGAACUAGUGGUGGGAAGGAAUUCUCAAUUGGAAGUGUGUUCCACUUGUGGUCAGCUGUUGGCCGCAUCGGAUAGAAUCGCUCACGAUUCCGCACAUUGGCCCCCUCUAGCGGCUCGUUAGCUCAAAUUUCAUGUGUCGUGAUACUGCCACAUUUUAAGUGUACAUCAGCACAUUUAGAAGAAUGAUUGUGCUAUAUAUUUAUUUAAUGUUAAUAAAGACUACCUAGUAUGUUAGAAGUUAAAUAACUUCAGUAUAUUG